AGUAUUUGCCUGCACGUCCCCAGAUUAAUAAACAGCAAGAGGAAGGGAGAACAAUAUAAUCACAUGGAUUAAAACCCCUAAUCACACCCUUAAUCCGAAUUACCGAAUAUCCCCUUCUUCUUCGAGAUGAACCGUAGAGUUCAGCAGCAAUCGGACGACGAAGAAGAUGAGACGUACAACGACGUCGUACCGGAAUCUCCCUCUUCCUGCGAAGAUUCCAAGUUCGUGAAGCCUUCUUCCAAGAAAAGGAGGAGCAUAGAGAAGAGAGUUGUGUCUGUCCCGAUUGCUGACGUGGCAGGAUCUGGUGGCAGAGGCGAGGUGUAUCCGCCGUCGGAUUCGUGGGCUUGGAGGAAGUACGGACAGAAGCCGAUCAAAGGCUCCCCUUACCCCAGGGGAUAUUACAGGUGCAGCAGUUCGAAGGGGUGCCCGGCGAGGAAGCAGGUGGAGAGAAGCCGAGUGGACCCCACAAGACUCGUCAUCACCUACGCCUCCGACCACAACCACCCCCUCCCCUCCACCGCUAACAAGCCUCACCACCGCAACAACUCCUCCGCCCCCGCCAAGAAGGAUGCUGACGUCGACACCCCCGCCGCCGUCGAUACUGAGCCCGAGGAACCGGCGGCGCCGGCGGGGCGGGACCGGAGCCACGUGGACGCGCCGAGGCUGCUCGGGGGAAGUUUCUGCGAGCCGGACGAGUUCGGGUGGUUCUACGACGUGGCGAUCUCCGACGGAUCCGUCUUCUCCGGCGCUGAGGUGGCGGUGGAGAGGGGUUUCUCGGUGGAGGAAGAGUCGUUGUUCAGCGAUCUCGGAGAUCUGCCGGAUUGCGCGGCCGUUUUCCGGCGGAGAACGGUGGCGACGGAGGAGCAGAACCGGAGGUGCGAUUUCGGGGCGGUAGGAUUCUGUGAUAGUUCUAGAUGAUCGGAAAUAAAAGGUCUGUUGCUUUGUAAAGUAUGUUACUUUUUCUCCAAUAUUAUUCAUCAAAUUCCUUUCGGAAA